GUUACCCGCAGAAGAAUGCACACGCUACCCCUCUCGUUCGCGUUACUCUCGUACAGUGGCUACUGGAGGCCGCCAAAAUGGCCGGCUGAUUCGUUCAAGUACCGGCUGUACAACGUUUACUCGGUGUUGAUGGUCUCUUUGCUGUACUCGUUCACGUUCUAUGCGUUCGUCGAUUUCGCGAUCAGCAAAGACCUCAAGGCCACCACCGACAAGUCUUCGCUGUUCAUCUCCGUGCUGGGGGUCAGCAUAAAGGUGGCUAAUCUGUUUCUGAAACGCGAGAAGAUCGUCGGCGUGGUCGACAGUCUGUUGAACGAGAAUUGCAUACCCAGGGACGAGGAGGAGAGGAUCAUACAGAAGAAGUUUGACUCUCAUGCCAGAAAGCUGACGUUGUACUGCGAAAUCCUGAACGAGUCUGCCGCGUCUUUCGCGACGGUGGCGCAAUUUAACAAAUUCAUCGGCACGAGGACAUUGCCCGUGUCUAAUUGGGCACCGUACGAUCUAUCCUCGCAAGAGGUGUUCGUAAUAUCAUUGUUGCAUCAAACGUUCGGUUUGUUGGUCUGCGCGAACGCCAGCGUCGGCCACGAAACUCUCAUCUCCGGAUUAAUGAUCCAGGUCAGCGCGCAAUUUGAGAUAUUUUGUCAUCGAGCCCGAUCGCUGCCGUCCUUGCUGAGAAAAGCGAAGAGGGACAGCGUGUCGGCGGAGGAUUUGAGAAACAAGAGGAAACAAAUCCUGAAAGACGUAGUGGAGCAGCACCUGGGCAUCUACAAAGCGUGAAAGUAUGCGACGCCAUUUACGAAAUGGAUUGGACCUCUCUGCCGGUGAGCAUAACGAAGGACUUGCUGAUGAUCAUAAAGAGAUCGAAGAAGCCUGUUAAAAUGUCUAGCGCCCACAUCGUCAGUCUG